GUGCUAUCCAAAGCAAUCAUACAGUGCAAGUCGCCUCGGUAGCACGACGCCUCGGCCUCGAAGCAAUUGUUAUCCUCCAUAAAGCUACGGGGGGUGGUUUAACUGCUAGUUCAGAUAAGAAUGCUUUUCUACGCACAGGUAACGUGCAAAUUGCCCGGCUUUUAGGUGCGGAGGUGCGGAUGCUUGAGGAUAGUUCGACGGUGGAUGAAGGGGAUCCAAUCACGCCUAUUCUGGAGGAAUUGCGUGCUCAGGGAAAGGUCCCCUACUGGAUUCCUUCGGGGGCUAGUUUACAUCCCUUAGGUGGGCUGGGCUAUGCGCGGUGCGCUUUUGAAAUUGCGGCGCAGGAAAAGGAGCAAUUGGGAGAAAAUGGCCGAUUCGACUAUAUAUUUGUUGCAUGUGGGAGUGGAAGUACCGUGGGAGGCUUGAUUGCGGGAUUCAGAUUACUGCAAAAGCUUGAGGCACAGACACGACAGGAUGAAAAUGCAGAGAGGGUUAUAGGUCGUAAGGUCAUCGGGAUCUUGAAUUCCCCUACCAAGCCGCGAGAAUAUCAUGAAGGUCGAGUGCUCAACUUUGCCCUGCGUGCGGCACACCUCAUUGGACUGGACCCUGAGCGGGACGUCACACCGGAAGAUGUUCAUUUAGACGAUCGGUUUGCUGGCACAGCCUACGGAGAGCUGGACCCGACGUCCAAGGAGAUCUUGGCUUUGAUAGCGCAGGAAGAAGGAGUUAUCGUUGAUCCCGUGUACACCGUCAAGGUCAUGAGAGGCGUCAUGCACUGGGUACAGGAGGGCGAACUCACCAGAGACUGGUCACGCCGCCUAGGGACCUCGCCCAGCGAAAAUCGAGUCAAUGCGCUGUUUAUCCAUACCGGGGGGCAGUCGGCCCUAAGUGCGUAUGCAGACAUAGAGUGACGUGAC